AUGCUAAAGAAGUCCAGUUACGUUGAUGACCUCAUUGAUUCCCGACCCAAUAAGCCCGAGGCUAUGAAACUCGCUCAUGACGCAGAGAACAUGCUCGCCAAAGGAGGUUUCACAGUCAAGUGUUGGCAGUUUAGCGGCGAAGUGAAAACUCGUUCUGGUGAAGAAUUGCAACAGACCGUCGUUCCGGAGUACAAGUCAAACGACCUUGGGCGUCCAUUGCUAAAAGGAACUGAUGCACACCUUCAUGUCCUUGGUGUAGGAUGGAAGCCAAAGGAAGAUGUUGUCGUUUAUGAAGUCACUCUCAAUUUCAGUCAAAAGAGACAGGGAGUACGCACCGGACCUAACCUGAUGCUCAACGAUCUGCCUGAAGCUUUACCUGAUAUCCUAACCAAACGAAUCGUCUUUCAACAAGUGAUGAAAAUUUACGACCCCCUCGGUUUGGUUUGUCUGUUCACCCUGAUCGGAAAGAUUUAUCUAAGAGAAACUUGGUCCCGUAAUUUUGGAUGGGACGACCAACUUCCUGUUGAUCUUCGUGCCAAGUGGCUGAAGUUUUUCAUUUCCCUAUUCGAGUUGGAAAAGUUGAGUUUGCAACGAUGUCUUCGACCAUCCGAGGCGGUGGGCAACCCUUGGUUAAUCAUAUUUAGUGAUGGUAGCGACAUUGCCUAUGGGUUCGUAGCUUACAUCCGGUGGCAACGCCUGGUGCCGAUUGAUCAUGGCAAAGUGUCGUGUCGGUCCCAUUAACAAGCUUUCAACACCUCAAAUGGAAUUGAACGCUGCGGUGUUAUCAAAGAGAGGAAGAAAAGUUAUUGAACGAGAAAUGCGGUUCCAGUUCGAGCGAGUAUUACAGAUUGUUGACUCCGAGACCGUCCUCAACAUGAUAAACAAGACAAGCAUGCGAUUUAAAGUGUAUGAAGGUGUCAGAUUAGGAGAAAUACAAGCUGCUACUGAUGGCGACAUGAGCUGCUAGGCGUGGAUAUCUGGCAAGAAUAACACAGCCGAUUGGUUGACAAGAGGAAGAUCCCCGCAAGAGCUUAAUGAAGAAUCGCAAUGGUGGAACGGUCCUUUGAUUCUUUUUCAACCCAUAGAAGAAUGGGGUCUGAAGUUUGGUUCUCAGAAAGAAGAGUGCCUCCCUGGAGAGAAAAAGAUCCAUAGUGUGUCAACUGCAACCGCCAAUCCUCCUCUACUCAACUACGAAAGAUUCAGUGACAUCAAUCAUGUUAUAUGGGUCAUUGCAAGAAUCUUGGCCAUCCUGCGGAAUAAAUCAUUCAGCGGUGGCAAGAGAAUGUCAGUGUCAGCGCAACUGUUGCGAGACGCGGAGAACCUCAUAGUAAAAGACGCCCAGAAGACAAUAAAAGAAGAAUUAGUCAAAACCGAUCAGAAGGGGAAAGGAGGACGUUAUGCCACACUCUAUCCUGUCUUAAGUAAAAACGGACUGUGCCUAGUUGGGGGACGCCUGAAGCAAUGCAAUGUAAAGUCCAGAAGCGCGUAAGUGGAAAGGCGUAUGGUGUAAUUUUCACCGAUCUGGUGGUUGGAGCUGUACACAUCGAAGCGGUAUAUGGCUACGAUACACAAUCUUUUCUGAUGGCGUUGAGUAGAUUUGCUUGUAUCCGUGGCUGGCCAGCGACCAUUUACAGCGACCCAGGCUCUCAACUUGUGGGUGCCGAACGAGAAUUAAAAGAGGCUUGGAAUGGUAUUGAUCGUGAGACACUGCAUAAAGAUGGGGUUCAAAAUGGACUGACAUGGUUGUUCGGUCCUGCGGACAGUCUGUGGAAUCAAGGAAAAGUUGAGGCAUUAGUCAAAGCAGCCAAAAGAGCUAUUCAUUUUGCCGUGCAUAACAAGCGUCUCGCCGUAUCGGAAUUCCUCACGAUUUGUUACGAAGCGGCCAACUUGCUCAACGAACGACCAAUUGGUACGCUACCUGGAACAGACUCAAACCAGAAUAUUCUCACUCCGAAUACCCUCCUGUUGGGCCGCACCUGUGCGAAGAAUCCUGGAAAUUGGCAACCUACCCGACAGCAUAUCGCCAAACGUUAUCAUUUCGUACAAGCAGUCGUAAGCGAAUUCUGGGCCAAAUGGAUCGAGUUGUGUGCGCCAGCGUUAGUGACCAGAUACAAGUGGACCGAGCCCACUCGAAACCUCCGACCAGGAGAUAUCGUCCUCAUAGCUGACAAGAGUCCGAUAAAAGGAGAUUACCGUUUAGGAAUGAUCAACGAAGUAGUUGCUGGCAACGACGGAAAAGUGCGCCGAGCGUUGGUCAAAUACAAGAACUACAAAGUUGGUGAAAGAGAUCAUGAGUAUACAGGGAGAGAAGAAGUUGUUGUGUCUCGAAGUGUUCAUCGUUUAGCUCUUUUGGUGCCGGUGGAAUACGAUCAAGAAAAACAAGAGGAAGAUUAG